CUCCCCCGCAGCCAAUCCUCUGCAUGGACGGCAACUUCCAAGAACCACAAGUCUUACUUACCCGACUUGUAUGCAUCGAGCUCUGACAUCUAUGGUACAAAUCAGAUACAUCGCGAUGGCAGGUAUACAAAAGCUCAACGUCCAAACGUUUCCCCGUCCGCCAGCGCUGCAAAAGAUUUCCCGCCACAUUCAGAUCAAGUGGGACGGGCACCUCAUCGCUGAUACCAAGGACGCCUACUGGGUUUUAGAAACCCAUCACCCGCCCACAUACUACCUCCCACCCUCCUCCAUUAUCGCCCCUCUGGCCAAGACUGCACGGCGCACCUAUUGCGAGUGGAAAGGUCACGCCACGUACCACGCCAUCACGCACCCGACGACGGGCGAAACGGUUCAGAACAAGGUCUGGUCGUACGAGAAGCCGACCGAGGGUUUCGUCGCCAUCAAAGACUACCUGUCCUUCUACGCCAACGCUCCCUGGGAGUGCUACGUCGACGGCGAAAAGGUCCAGCCUCAGCCGGGCGACUUUUACGGCGGCUGGGUGACGAGUGACAUUGGCGGCAUCGUCAAGGGCCAGAACGGGAACGCGGAUCCGUUUGUAUAGUUUACUCGGGCCUUUGAUAUCUUGUCACCCGACGUGAUCUGAAGCACAAAAGAUUCGGGACGGGAGGUUUGGCACAGAGAAGUGGUUUUUUUUCGCGAAAUCGCUGUCUUUUUUUUCAUGAUUUGAGACCCCCAUGCCAAAACAGCAAGGUACUAAACAAAAAUGUACUGAACAAUACAAGCCAAGAAACAGAAACGCUGUACACCUUCCCAAAGCCAAAAGAGAGCCCUUUUAGC